CCCGGCGGCGAAGUGGGUUGCUCCGUCGUCGUCGGGGAAACACCCCAGGAAGCGGUUUCGGAAACCGAAUGCUCGCCGGUGUUGGAAAUCCGAGCUGCGGAGAAUGUUGCUAAUGAUUCAGUGUCUCCGAUGAGAUUCCACGCCUUGAGCGUUGCGCGCUCAAUAAUUAAUAAAUUAAACUACUUUCCGACGUAAUUCUGACGCGAUUCCGGGAUUUCCGAGUACAUGUACAGCUUGAGAUCUCGUUAAACCCGAUACUCGUGAAAGUACUUAUCAAUGUUUAAUCGCGCACUGCAAAUCACGUCGCUCAACAGCUUUCUCAACAAAAAAAAUGACAUAAUUAAUCUAACCAAAGAAACGUAACCUCCUCAAUCGAUGUCAAGUAAAUACGACGGUGUAAAAACUGUCGAGUGAUAAUGACACUUAAAUAUGAAAUUAUUACGUUGUUUACUGAACUCACCGAAAUGGCCGCUGCGCGUGCUCGGAAUCGCGAAAUUAUCCGACUUCGAUUUUCUCAAGACCUUGCAUCCCGAUCUAUCGGAUAAUCAGCUUCUAGAUCGUUUAAGAAAGCAAAGUAAAGACUCGGACGAGAUCCUGGCGGAGCAUCGUCGGCAAGUCGCCUGCGAGAAAGAACUUGCGCGAGUUCUUCAUAAUCUCAACGUCGGUUAUCGAAUCAUAAAAAGAAUAGACGUCGCGGGCGCGAGCACGAGCGGAUGGGCGGAUUUGGUGAUCGCGAUUGGCGGGGACGGCACCUUUCUCUUAGCCUCGAAGUUGAUAACGAACAACAAGACGCCAAUCAUCGGCAUAAAUCCGCAUCCGAGAACUUGCAACAUCUUUACCGUGCCGGUGAGUGACAGCGGGGCGGAGAUCGAGAGGAUUUUCGAGAAAUUGCACGCGGGCGAUUUCGCCGUUCUGAUGAGGAGUCGUAUACGCACGAUUAUGACGGGAGAGGGGCUUUAUCGGGAACCUUUUCAUCUGCACGAGAAGAGCCGCACGCAAGAAGAAAGAAGAAUAGACGCACUCACGAGAUCCACUCAGAGGAAAAUAGCGGAUGCUCUGCAGCCCCGUCGAAGAGUUUUGCCCUGGCUGGCAUUAAACGAGGUGUUCAUGUCCGAGUUUGUAGCGGCCAGGACCAUCACUCUGACUGUCGAGGUCGACGACGAGGAGACGUUCACGGUACGCUCGUCGGGUAUGUGCGUUUGCACGGGUUCGGGUUCUCGCUUCUGGUUCCGAACGAUGAAUCUCAAGACCGUCGAGACCGUUCGCGUACUCGUCACCAUUGCAACCGGCAGAAUUUUGAGUGCAAAAGAGAGCAACGAAUUGCUGCGCAAGUAUCACAACAAUCUGCUGUUCUCUCCAGAAGACUCCCGAAUGGCUUAUACGAUAUACGAGAUGUAUCGCAAUUCGCGCUAUUCGACGCGUAUUUCGGAAAAGCGAAAAUGCCGCAGGAUCAAGAUCAAGUCGUCGGGUUUCGACGCCGCUCUCGUUCUCGACGGAAGUUUAUCCGUGCCCUUCAACGACGGCAGCACCGCGGUCUUCGAAAUCUGUCCCGAGUGUUCGUUAAAAAAUCUCAUAUUUUGCAGCAAUAAAUUUAUUUAA